CCCAACACACGUGGGAGAAAGCAGAGAGAGACUAAAGAAGUCUUUCCACCCACCUAAUAGGGGGAGACGAGCUGGCAGGCCGGCACUCAUAAACAGGGCUGCCUGACAGACCGAGGCUCAGACAGCAGCAAGGUGCAGGCGAGGAGGAGAGCACAGAGAGUGUACUCACAGGACAAGGGAGAGACCGACUCACAGACAGACACUCCGAAACGAGCGUGCUGCACCACACCGUACGGCUUGAAGAGAGGGGAUUUACUGUGGAAAGAGGAGCAAGGAGGACAGGAGCGUGGAUGGAUGCCUUCUGCAGUCACAGCGGCCUGGACCCCCUCUGGGACUGGAACCGAACAUGGUACACUCCCAACCCAGACCUGACCCAGUGCUUCCAGAACACAGUAUUGGUGUGGGUUCCCUGCAUCUUCCUCUGGGUGUGCGCACCCUUCUACUGCCUAUAUCUCUACUGCCAUGACCGAGGGCACAUACGUGUCUCCUGCCUUUGCAGUGCCAAGAUGGUCUUCGGAUUCCUCUUGGCCUCUUUUGGUUUCGUUGAGUUUUUCUACAUCCUACUAGAGAGGAACCAGGAGAUCCAGCAGCACAUGGUGUUCCUGCUCAGUCCCAUCAUCCGCAGCCUGACUGUGGUCCUGGCGAUUUGCAUCAUUCAAUUGGAGAGGAUGAGAGGCUGUCGCUCUUCCAUCUUCCUGUUCCUAUUCUGGCUGCUGGCAGUGCUGUGUUCUUUGGUGCCUCUGAGAGCCAAGAUCCAGUUGGCCGUGGAGGAGGGCUUCGCAGCAGAUGCUGUGCGGUAUUUGGCUUUCUUCUCGUAUUUCUCCCUGCAAAUGGCUCAGCUGUUCCUCUCCUGUUUUGCUGACCACCCCCCAAGUUCUGGGAAACCCAUCAUUGUCAAGAACCCGUGCCCAGUGCAGGACGCCUCCUUCUUGUCAAAGAUUCUCUUCUGGUGGUUCAGCGGCAUUGUGAUUAAGGGAUACCGCAGUCCUCUCCAGGCUGAGGAUCUGUGGUCACUGCGGGAGGAGGACACGUCAGACAAGAUCAUCUCAGACCUGGAACAGGAGUGGACUGCAGAAUGCACCAAGCUCCAACAACAGGAGAAGUCCAUGAGUGCGGGCGGGGCCCUGGGCGCCAGACUGACAGACCAGGCCCAGCUCCUGCGGAAGCUGCAGAAGGAGCAGAGCUCUGGCUUCUGCCUGCUCAGGACUCUGGCCCGGAACUUUGGGCCCUACUUCCUCACCGGGACACUGUGCCUUAUGAUCCACGAUGCCUUCAUGUUCUCCAUCCCACAGAUGCUCAGUCUGUUGCUGGGAUUCAUGAGGGAUGAGGACGCCCCCUUGUGGAAGGGCUACUUCUAUGCAUCCUUGAUGUUCCUGCUCUCCUGUCUCCAGUCCGUCUUCAACCACCAGUACAUGUACAGCUGCUUCACCGUGGGGAUGAGGGUAAAAACAGCCGUGAUGGGCCUGGUGUACAGGAAGUCACUCGUCAUCACCAGCGCUGCGCGCAGGACCUGCACUGUAGGGGAAAUAGUGAACCUGGUAUCAGCCGACACACAGAAGCUCAUGGACUUUGUGGUGUACUUCAACGCUGUGUGGCUGGCUCCCAUCGAGAUCGCGCUUUGUCUUUUUUUCCUCUGGCAGCACUUAGGCCCCUCUGCCCUGGCAGGAAUCACUACAGUCAUCCUCAUCUUUCCUCUCAAUGGAUUUAUCGCCAAGAAAAGAAGCAAACUCCAGGAAGUUCAAAUGAAGUACAUGGACGGACGCAUCAAACUGAUGAACGAGAUUCUGAACGGAAUCAAAAUCCUCAAGUUCUAUGCCUGGGAAAAGGCUUUUCUGGAGCAAGUCCUGGGCUACAGGCAGCGAGAACUGAAGGCUCUGAAGAAAUCUCAGAUCCUCUAUUCCAUUUCCAUCGCUUCAUUCAACUCCUCAUCUUUCCUGAUUGCCUUUGCGAUGUUUGGAGUGUACGUGCUGAUUGAUGACAAGAACGUCCUGGAUGCACAGAAGGUCUUUGUGUCCAUGGCUCUGAUCAACAUACUGAAGACUCCCCUCAGCCAGCUGCCCUUCGCCAUGAGCACUACCAUGCAGGCCAUGGUGUCACUGAAACGUCUUGGAAAAUUUCUCUGUCAAGAGGAACUAAAGGCUGAGAGCGUAAACAAAGCACCUUUCAGCCCAGAUGGAGAUGCAGUGGUGGUAGAUAAUGGUACUUUCAGCUGGUCUAAAGAGGGACCUCCAUGUCUCAAGAGGAUCAGCAUGCGUGUGUCACGGGGCUCUCUGGUUGCAGUGGUAGGUCACGUGGGCAGUGGAAAGUCCUCUCUUCUGUCUGCAAUGCUCGGGGAAACGGAGAAGAGAAGCGGCGGUGUCUUAGUCAAGGGUUCAGUUGCCUACGUGCCUCAGCAAGCCUGGAUCCAGAACGCCACUCUGAGAGACAACAUUGUGUUUGGGCGUGAGAGGAAGGAGAGCUGGUACCAGCGGGUAUUAGAGGCCUGUGCCCUGCUGCCAGACCUGGAGAUCCUGCCUGCUGGGGAUGCCACAGAGAUUGGGGAGAAGGGCCUGAACCUCUCAGGGGGGCAGAAGCAGAGAGUGAGCCUGGCUCGUGCCGUGUACAGAAAGGCUGAUCUGUACCUCCUCGAUGACCCCCUGUCUGCUGUGGACGCUCAUGUGGGUCAGCACAUCUUUGACAAAGUCAUCGGGCCAAGGGGUGUACUGAGAGACAAGACACGCGUCCUGGUGACACACGGCAUGAGCUUCCUGCCACAGGUGGACCUGAUCCUGGUGCUGAUGGAUGGGGAGAUCACAGAAAUGGGUUCCUACCAGGAGCUUCUGAGUAGGCAUGGCGCCUUUGCGGACUUCAUACACGCCUUUGCCAGCUCUGAACGCAAAGAAAGCUCUGUGCAAAGAGGUACCAGGAAGUCAUCCUCAAGGCUCAGCAUGACAGAUUUUAUGCCUGUGUCAAGGGACCUCUCCCAAGAGCAGCUCAUUGGAGGUGACACGGUCAGCACCAACCUGCAGACCAUGGAGCCCAUAUCUGACACAGAGCAAGAGCAGGUCCCAGAGGAUCUUGGGAAGCUGACGGAAGUGGACAGGGCCCGCACUGGCAGGGUGAAGCUGGAAAUGUAUGUGGAGUACUUCAAGACCAUUGGCCUGCCGCUCAUCCUGCCCAUCCUCUUCCUGUACAUCUUCCAGCAGGCAGCGUCACUGACUUACAACUACUGGCUCAGCCUGUGGGCUGACGAUCCCAUCGUCAAUGGCACACAAAUCAAUACGGACCUGAAGCUGGGCGUUUAUGGGGCACUAGGCUUUGCACAGGGGGGGGCUAUUUUUGGCACGACGGUGGCGAUCUCAGUUGGGGGCAUCAUUGCGUCCCGUCACCUGCACACGGACCUGCUGAACAAUGUGCUGCACUCCCCCAUGUCCUUUUUUGAGUGCACGCCCAGUGGCAACCUGCUCAACCGCUUCUCCAAAGAGGUGGACGCCAUUGACUGCAUGAUUCCUGAAGGGCUGAAGAUGAUGUUGAGCUACCUGUUCAAGCUGUUGGAAGUCUGCAUCAUUGUCCUGCUAGCAACGCCCUUCACAGCAGUGGUCAUCAUUCCCCUUGCACUGCUCUAUGCCUUCAUUCAGAGUUUCUACGUGGCCACAUCCUGCCAGCUGCGCAGGCUGGAGUCCGUGAGCCGCUCGCCCAUCUACACCCACUUCAAUGAAACGGUGCAGGGAGCCAGUGUGAUCCGAGCAUUUGGGGAACAGCCCAGGUUCAUUCUCCAGGCCAACCACAGGGUCGACCACAACCAGACCUCCUACUUCCCAAGAUUUGUGGCCACCAGGUGGUUGGCGGUGAAUCUUGAGUUCCUGGGCAAUGCCGUGGUCCUUGCAGCUGCGAUCCUCUCUGUAAUGGGGAAGGAUACUCUGAGUCCUGGCAUUGUGGGUCUGGCUGUGUCCCAUUCCCUCCAGGUGACAGGAAUUCUGAGCUGGAUUGUGCGAUCAUGGACAGAUGUGGAGAACAACAUUGUAUCGGUGGAGAGGGUGAAGGAGUAUGCUGAGACUCCCAAAGAGGCGGCUUGGACGGUGGAGAGCAAGCCCCUCCCAGAAGCCUGGCCUCAGACAGGCACCAUUGAAUUCCAUGACUAUGGGCUCCAGUACCGCAAGGGCUUGGAAUGGGCUCUGAAGGGCAUCUCUUUGCAAAUCCAGGAGAGAGAAAAGGUUGGAAUUGUGGGCAGAACUGGAGCUGGGAAGUCCUCUUUAGCCCUUGGAAUUUUUAGGAUCUUGGAGGCUGCCAAAGGAGAUAUUUACAUUGAUGGAAUCAACAUUGCUGAGAUAGGACUUCAUGACCUGAGGUCUCGCAUCACCAUUAUCCCACAGGACCCUGUGCUAUUCUCUGGCUCCCUGCGUAUGAACCUCGACCCUUUUGACGCAUACUCCGAUGAGGAGGUGUGGAGCGCGUUGGAGCUCGCCCAUCUGAAGAACUUUGUGUCAGGCCUUCCAGACAAGCUGAACUAUGAGUGCUCAGAGGGAGGAGAAAACCUCAGUCUGGGGCAACGCCAGCUUGUGUGCCUAGCUCGUGCCCUCCUCCGCAAGACCAAAAUCCUGGUUUUGGAUGAGGCCACGGCGGCUGUAGACAUGGAGACAGACAAUCUGAUCCAGUCCACCAUCCGCAGCCAGUUUGAAGACUGCACAGUUCUAACCAUCGCUCAUCGCCUGAACACCAUAAUGGACUAUACCAGAGUUAUUGUAAUGGACAAAGGACACAUCGCAGAGAUGGACUCCCCGUCCAAUCUCAUCACGCAGCGUGGCCAUUUCUACAGAAUGUGCAGGGAGGCUGGACUGGUGUGAGGCCUCCAGCCAAAGGAAUCCAGGGCGGGGAAAGCCAGAGGUCCUGCAGCAUCCUCCCAGUAGUUGUCCUGAUCAAAGAGGGGGGACAGAUAGCCAUUUCAAGCUCCAGGGCAGCUAGGACUGUUAAGGAAAUCAAAAUGCUUUUUACAAGCCAUAAAUAUCCAGUACUAAAGCUCAAGGUGUCAUGGCCCCCAUCUGUGCUGGCCUCUGGCACGGGGCUGUGCAGCGGUGCCAAAUACUGUGCAGGUGCUCAGAGAGGCCAUUCUCAGAAUAACAGCAUGAGACAUCUAGGGCUCACUGUAAUACUGGUGCUCAUACUAGGUUUUAGAGAGGGCUCUUUGGUAUAGCACAUGCUGUAUAUAACUGUACAUAAACGUCUGGAGCCCAAGGAUAAGAAGAACUACAGGCAAAUUGGACAGGUUUUAACUACAUCAAAAACUGUGGUGGAAAAUGUUAAUACAGUACAAGUGUCCAUUUUAUAUCACUCAAUAUUUGAUGUUUUAUAUCAUUUUCCAGAGCAUUUUAUUGGAAGAAACAUAGUUCUUCAUAGCUAAGGAGUCUCCACCAAAUUAAACUUUCAUAUUACUGUAAAUAGAGCUUCAGCAGAAAGAGGCUAGCUAGCUAAAGCCUUGUCUGGCGAAAUCUUUAUAAUAUACCAAAGUUCUAAAAAUAUGAGGUACUGUGGCAUGAGUUCUCAUUUCGGUACUGUUGUUCUAGCUUAGCCUUUCAAACCUGUAUUGCAAGAGUCGUUGCAAUCUCAGAAGGCAUGUUAGCAAGCAUUUUAUGAGUGUUAUGCAAGGACAAAACACAAAAAUGAGCCAAGACAUUGGGCCUCAAGUAUUUUGCGGUGUUAGCUUUAUUUUGAGGAAAGUAAACAUUUAAAUCAGUAAAAAAGACUGCAUUUCUGAAGGUAAUUUAACUUGAAUGCUAAACCAUGGAUGUUGCACUGGUACUGGUGACACACACACGUGUACAGAGAAAGCAAAUGCUUGUCAGCAAAUGCAAGCCAUGCACAUAGGAGUGAAGUACCUGUGUUAACCGACAGGGGGCAGUAUAUGCCUUCUCCUCUGCUUCCUUCUCCAAGCUGGUGUUUGGCAGCUCUGAAAUGUUUUUUUCAUUCACCUACGUGUUAUAUUUUCUAUCACUUGGCCUCCAAAGUCCAUUUGAAAAAGGAGGCAUUCUGGCAGGCUUUUAUAUAAAAACAGAAAAAAAUUAGUGAAAUGUAUAAUAAUUUUCAGCAGAGAAGAAAACUUUUGCUGAAAUUUGUGCAUAUUUUUAAUCUUAGUGGUAAAUACAAUAUGCAAAAAUAAGAAGGUAAAACUAUUUUUAUGUAAAGAGGAAAUGUAUGUGCUUUUAAAUACAACUGUAAAGAAUGUAUUAUAUUUAUACUUUUUGUAUUAAAUCUUACUUUUGUUAGACUUCAAGGUUAAAUUGUUCCUCUAUGUUGAAAAAAAUAAACUUUUUGGAAA